AUGGAUCCAAGAUGGGACGUUAAUGAAAGAUCUGAAACAGAGGACGUCCUGCAACCGGAUUGCUUGAUUUCGCUUACAGCACCGAAACUUUGUGCUUUGCGUUUCACCGGCCGCUAUCACUUUUUGGGCGGUCGUUUUGUGCCUCCAAUACUGGCGAAUAAGUACAAUCUGUGUCUGCCCCAGUAUCCUGGGGCUUCUCCGGUAGUUCUCUUGAAGGGACCCACCUCAAGCGAUUCGUCAACGCAUAGCAAGUAG